CUUCAUCAGUUGCCACCGAGAAUCAACUCUGUGAUUUCAUCAGGGCCUGUCGUCCCAUUUGUCAACGUCAACCACGAUUAAACAAUGCAUUAAUGAUCUCAUUUUAUUUGGAUUUUGCCCCUUCCAUUGUUACCUAUCUAUCUCCACCGAACCCUCUUUCUUCUUCCACCUCAGAAUCUUCUUUACUGACUUGUGCCCACCCAGUCACCAUCUUUGCCUACUACUAUUACCUUUUUCUUCACCAUGUGGCUUUGCUGCUACUUUUCUUGGACGAAGAAGUGAAUGACCAAGUUGCCCACAACCUCAUCUUCCCUGUGAAACCUCGAAGGCUCGAGGCUUAUGGUACUUUUUGCUACAGUAGUGAGGGACACCCUUUGGCUACUUGAUAAGACUUUCUCUAAUCCUUCCUAUGGGGAAAAAGGCUUUCUUUCUGGUCCUGGGGACGGAAUAAUUGCGCUCAUCAGGAAGCUACAGAUGCUAGUUCUCAGUGAGAUGGAGGAGGAGGAGCAAUAGGAAGUAGCGAUCUUAUGCUCGUACCCAUGGCUGUUGCCUGCUGCGUCAAGCUUCCCGGUCUCCGAUGUGCUCUGCUUCUCUCUGUUCUCUCAGUGCUGUGUUUCCUGUCUCAUGCAAGCGACACCAUCGUGCCAGACCAGCCGUUGCGCGACGGCGAGUCAUUGAUCUCGGCCGGCGGGAUCUUCGAGCUGGGAUUCUUUAGCCCCGGGAAGUCCUCCAACCGCUACGUGGGAAUUUGGUACCACAACUUCUCCACGAACACAGUCUUGUGGGUCGCCAACAGGCAAAACCCGGUGAAGGACACCACCGGCGUUCUGGCCAUCGCCGCGGACGGGCAUCUUGUUAUUCUGGACGGCGGCAACAGCAUCCUGUGGUCGUCGAACGCCUUGACGGCGUCCAAUGACUCCGUGCUAAAGCUCACGGACGACGGGAAUCUGGUGCUCAACAACUCGGGGAGCGUCGCGUGGCAGAGCUUUGACUACCCGACCGACACGUACAUGCCGGGCAUGAAGGUGGGGCUCGACCUGAGGACGAAGGUGAGCCAGAAGAUCACGUCGUGGGCGAGCGAGGACGACCCCGCCCCGGGCAAUUUCUCCCUGAGCAUGGAUCCUAGGGAGUCGACGCAGAUCUUCAUGUGGGAAGGGACGAAGCCGCGGUGGCGGUCGGGGAGGUGGAACGGGCAGGUGUUCAUCGGCAUACAGGGCAUGGUGGCGCAGUACAUCUACGGCUUCAAGCUCAACAAUUUCGUGCAAGAACAGAAGAUGUACUUCUAUUACGACGCCUUCAACAGCUCGCACCGGUACGUGCUAACCUGGUACGGCAUCGAGAGGCACAUGAUCUGGAAGAACGACACUAACGACUGGUAUCAGUUCUGGGCGCAGCCUAUCACCCCUUGCGAGGUCUACAACCAGUGCGGCAAGAACGCAGCGUGCACCGACAGCGCCACGCCGAUAUGUAGCUGCUUGCAUGGGUUCGUGCCGGCGUCGAGCGAGGAGUGGGACGGUGGCAAUUGGUCGAGUGGGUGCGUGAGGAGGACAGCUUUGGGUUGCAGGAUGAAUAACAGCAGUGGAGAUGGCGGAGGAGAUGGAUUCCAGACUUUGCAAGGGGUGAAGCUGCCAGAUAUAUCAGAUUGGAACACCGACGUGGGAGCAGAUUCGAGUGAGUGCCAAGAUCGGUGCUUGAGGAAUUGCUCAUGUACAGCGUACGCAGUGGUGACAGGGAUCGGGUGUUUGAUUUGGGGUGUGGAUUUGUUGGACAUUCAGGUGUUCUCGAUCGGCGGCAACGACUUGUUUCUUCGGCUCGCCAGCUCUGAAUUGGAUGACAACAAGAAGAACACGGCAGUCCUCAUAGUUACAGUUGUUCUAGCAGUGAUCCUCUCACUGGGUUUAAUCUUUCUAUUGUGGAAGUGCAGGAGGAGAAUAAGAAAUCUAUUUCGACGGCCAAUUAACGAAGAAGGACUAUCAAUGUUUUCUGCCGGAGGUGGAAGUAGAGAUCGUUCGGGGUCAGUUCGAGUUAAUUAUGAAAGUAACGAUGAAAGUUUGUCGGAAUUACAACUGUGGAGUUUUGAUUUUGUACAAAGUGCUACCAAAUCAUUUUCGGACUCAAAUUUGGUCGGUGAAGGUGGCUUCGGUCCUGUUUACAAGGGUUUGCUGCCUGAAGGCCAAGAAAUUGCAGUGAAGAGGCUUUCUAGGAGUUCAGGACAGGGAAUUGAGGAAUUUAAGAAUGAGAUGGUGCUGAUAUCAAAGCUACAACACAGAAAUCUUGUUAGGCUUUUAGGAUGUUGCAUUCAUGAGCAGGAGAGGAUAUUGAUCUAUGAGUACAUGCCCAACAAAAGCUUGGAUGCCUUCCUUUAUGAUCAGACAAAGAAAAACCUCCUCGACUGGACUACUCGGUACAACAUUAUCGAAGGGAUCGCUAGGGGGCUACUGUAUCUUCACAGGGAUUCAAGGCUUCGAAUAAUUCAUCGCGACCUCAAGGCUAGCAACAUUUUGCUCGACGAAGAGAUGAAUCCUAAAAUUUCAGACUUUGGCAUGGCAAGGAUUUUUGGAAAUGAUGACAACGAGACGAACACGCAGCGAGUGGUUGGGACAUUUGGGUAUAUGGCUCCUGAGUAUGCAAUGCAAGGACUUUUCUCGGUGAAGUCUGAUGUCUACAGCUUUGGAGUUCUAUUACUCGAAAUUCUUAGCGGAAAAAGGAACAGCACAUACCAUCAUCCAGAGCUGGGAAUCAAUCUCAUAGCAUUAGCUUGGAAGCUAUGGAAUGAAGACAGGAUGAUGGAGUUUGUCGAUCCAGUCGUGACCCAGUCGUGUACCAGUAAACAGCUAGUCCGAUGCAUCACUGUCGGGCUUUUAUGCGUGCAGGAUCGCCCAAUCGAUCGACCAAGUAUGGCUUCAGUUGUUGUGAUGUUGGAGAGUGAGACUUCCGUUCCUGCUCUUCCUAGGCAGCCUACUUUCACGACGGAUAGAAGCUUCAGUGAAACUGACUCAUCGACGAUAGAUCUAAAGGCCAUGUCAGUAAAUGAUUCGAUCACUAUGCUCACAGGAAGAUAUAUUCCUCGUUACUAUUGCCUCUGGAGUCAAACUCCGGGAAACACGAGGCGUGACUCUGCGAAGGCCAAUGUCUACCUACGGGGCAGUAAUCAAAGACUUCCUCGUCCACCAGAAACGGAGGAGAGCUUCUGCAUUUGCCGGAAGGGAGCAGCAGUUCCUGUUCAUGGUCAAACAGGGGAUAGAGUGACUCCCGGCAGCAGUCCCAUUGUGGAUGGCCGCAGCUUAGUCUCGGCCGGAGGAAUCUUCGAGCUCGGCUUCUUCGAUUCCGGUGACGCAAAGAAGCGCUUCCUGGGGAUACGGUUCAAGAACAUCGAAGAGAAGACCGUGGUCUGGAUCGCCAACAGGGACGCCCCUCUGGAGGACGAACAUGGCGCCCUCAAUCUGACGGAUGAUGGAAAUCUAUCACUACUCAGCGGCACUGGUGUCGUUCUGUGGUCUACCAACACGUCGAACGCCAUCGGUCCUGUUCUGCAGCUCUUGGACUCCGGCAAUCUCGUGUUGACCGGAGGAGCCUCCAACAACAUACUAUGGCAGAGCUUCGAUCAUCCCACUGACACGAUCCUGGCCGGCAUGAACAUAGGAUUCGACUACAGCAGAAACCUCGACAUGUACCUGACGUCGUGGAAGAGUGACUCCGAUCCUUCUCCGGGGGAGUACACUUACAAGAUGGAGACUCGAGGAGUCGCACAGCUCGUCUUGUGGAAGGGGAGUACGGAGAUGUACCGCAGCGGGCCGUGGACAGGGAAGGGAUUCAGCGGCCGGCCGAACAUGUCGCCGAACGGCUUGUUCAACUUCCAGUACACUGACAACCAGUCUGGGCUGUACUACGCCUUCCAAGUCCUCAAUGCUACCGUUCUUGGGCGAGCCACUUUGGAUCACAACGGGAAGUUUCAGCGCUUCAUGUGGACGGAGGGGAGCAGCGACUGGAGCCUCUUCUGGGAGGUCCCCGAUGGCCAAUGCGACCAGUACGCCUCAUGCGGAGUCAACGGCAUCUGCACCAUGCUCUACUCUUCUAGUUGCAUUUGUUUGGAGGGGUUCGUUCCCAAGUCGCCCGCGGAAUGGAGCCUGAGGCAGUACUCUGAUGGCUGCGUGAGGGGAACGCCCUUAAACUGUUCGACGGAUGGGUUUCGUCAAGUGCAGAAUGUGAAGCUGCCCGAUACGCUCAACGCCAGCGCUACGAAUCGGACGCUUGAUGAGUGCAGCGACUGGUGCCGGAACAACUGUUCUUGCACUGCGUAUGCUGUGUUCGAACAAAGCAAGUGUGUGACAUGGUUUGGAGAUCUCAUCGACGUUAGAAUAUUUGCUGAUGGGGAAGAUGUGCUGCACGUUCGGCUUGCAGCUUCUGAAUUGGAAUCUCUAAAUGGUGACUCGGGCAAAAAGAAGACCAUGAAGAUUGUGUCCAUUACCUUACCAAUUGGCAUUCUUCUGUUAGUCUGUCUGUGUCUAGUUUUGUGGUUGAAGUGCAGAAGAAGAACACAAGGCAAAAGAAAGAGCUUCCAAUCCAAAAGAGAUGAAGAAGAUGAGCUGGAGUUACCGCUGUUCGACAUUCUUACCAUUAGAACAGCCACAAAUGACUUUUCCAAUGAAAACAUAAUCGGAGAAGGCGGAUUUGGCCCUGUUUACAAGGGCCAGUUGGAAGAUGGAGUGGAAAUUGCUGUCAAAAGGUUGUCAAAAGAUUCUGUGCAGGGCCUGCAUGAGUUCAAAACAGAGGUUAUGCUAAUUGCCAAACUUCAACACAAAAAUCUUGUUCGUCUGAUUGGCUGUUGCACCGAGGAGGAUGAACGGAUCCUGGUCUAUGAGUACUUGAAUAACAAGAGCUUGGAUGCUUUCAUUUUCGACAAAACUAGGGGAGGACUGUUGGAUUGGCAAAAGCGCCUUGAAAUUAUUACAGGAAUUGCUCGGGGACUUGUUUAUCUUCACCAUGAUUCAAGGUUGAAAAUUAUACACAGAGAUCUAAAGACAAGUAAUAUUCUGCUUGACAAUGAGAUGAACCCCAAAAUCUCAGACUUUGGCACGGCAAGAAUCUUCAACGUGGAUCAAAUCGAAGAAAACACUACCAGAGUAGUCGGGACAUAUGGAUACAUGUCACCAGAGUACGCGAUGGAAGGUAUAUUCUCGGAAAAGUCUGAUGUUUUCAGCUUUGGUGUCAUGGUGUUGGAAAUCUUAAGUGGAAAGAGGAUUAGAACUAUCAGUCCAUCGGAGCCUUGUAAAAAUCUUCUGCAACAUGCAUGGAGGCUAUGGAAGGAAGGCAGAUGCUUGGAGCUGGUUGAUGACGCCUUGGAAGAUUCCUAUUCCACUUCUAAAGUGACACGAUUCAUCCAAGUGGGACUUUUGUGUGUACAAGAAGGAAGUGAUGACAGGCCAACAAUGGAGGAUGUGUUUUUGAUGCUAAGCAGUGAGGAUGUGAUGCUGCCUCAACCCAGCCGCCCUGCUUUCUACACAGCAAGUGCUUUCCAAAAAGAUUGGACUUCCAUCAAUGUUAUCAGAAUAACAAAAAUAGAAGAAGGUAGAUGAAAUGAUGUUCUUCUCUAAGUAAGUAGUUUGAUAUCUGUAAUAGAUAUGAUAGUGUUGUAGUCAGGAAGAAUGUGAGCUAUUUCUUACUCAACAGUAUUACUGUCUCAGAUUGGUAUGAUAAGUGUGUCUCAGAUUGGUAUGUUCACAGCAAGAUAACUUCUCUCCCUCUCUCUCUCUCUCUCUCUCUCUCUAAGUCUGUCUGUGUAUGGAGAAACCUUCAUAAACCUGCAGUGACAUGAAAUUUAUGUA